AUGGACACUGUGGACUACAGAGACCACCUGAGACUGUCAGCAGGAAGGAUGAAGUGGUGGAGGGAGGUGGACACAUGGAGAGGCAUAAAGCAGCCGAGGAGAGAGGAAGAGGGUGAUGAAGAGCUGGUGGAGGUGCUGCUCAGAGGCAAAGCACCCUGGGGUUUCACCCUGAGGGGAGGCACUGAACACAGAGAGCCUCUGGUUAUCACCAAGGUGAGGAAAUAGUUUGGUAAAUCUGAUAUUCUGGGGUGUUGGCAUGACGAAAAGCCCUGUGUUUGUUGUACUUCGAAAACAACUAAAACCCUCGAACUAAACAAGCAAAACUGUUGACAAAAGGCAGGUGAGAGCAGAGACUUUAGGUUUGGUUCAAGACCUCAUCGGUGUCUGAAACAAUGAGCUUCAACUGCAUCAUGGAAAAGAAGUGUCAUCCCCUUUUUUUAACAUCACAGAUGUGUGAGAUGUCACACACUUUGUGGUCCAAUUAUAGCCGACAGUUGUGCCUGCCAACAGGAACAGCAGGACAUGAAAUCAAAAGGGCAGACUGAAUACGUUUGUUUUUGAAGAGUGUAUGAAUUCAGCUCUGUUAGGAUUCAGGUCUAUCUGUGCAUGAAAAACAAAUCCUGAUCUUGGUACUCUGUAAGUCUUCACCUGAAGAAUAUCACUGCUGGUUUAAGCAUAAUACAAACGACAACAGGGUACUUCUCCAUCCGUGUUAUUCCUGCUUUGAACUGCAGCUUACUUUAAGCUGUUUAGUCCCCGCUACAUCAGGUUACAGGCGCUGAAAUCUUUAAAUUUUAAUCAGAGCACUCAGGUUUCCGGCCAUCACAGGAGUGUAAAGAUGACGGGGGGUGAAACAGUAUCCUCAGAAAAACAUCCAUCUUCCAGAAAUUGUUUUUGUACUUCACCUUACCAGGAAAAUAGUUGAAAAAAAUGUUUCGUAACUUGUUUUUGAUCUCAUCUCUCGACACGACAAACUGCAGUGAAGUUGGCUUAAAAGGUUUGUGAUGAAUAAAUGACCAGUGUGAGCGUGUGAAACAGAGCCAGCACAGCCUGAGGCGUAAACUCCACAUACACAGAGGAAACCAAACAACAACAGAUUUGGAUUCACCCACAGGAUGAUACCAGAGGUUUGCACAUGUUGGGAAGAAAAUAUUGAAGUUUUCGAAGGUGUUUUCGAGCAGCAGUUUUAACAGCUCACAUUUUGGGUGAAGGAACACGGUCUGAUAACUUGUGUACAGAUCAUAUAUGAGACCCCAUAUCAACUUUUCUGUUGUAUGUGUGUUCAGGUGGAGGAGGGCAGCGUGGCUGCGUCAGUCCAUCUCCAGGCCGGGGAUAAGAUGGUGAGCGUUAACGCGGUUCCUCUCAGUGGCUCCCGACAGGAGGCCAUCUGUCUGGUGAAGAGCUCUCAUAAGACCCUGACCCUGGUGGUCCAAAGGUAGAAACACAACACAUACUAGACAUGUUGGAGAAACGAUACAAAAUCGAGUGAUAUGAAAAAUAUCAAUCUAAGUGUUAUUUGCUCCUAAAAAUGAGCGCAGUGCUAGUCCAGGCGAGCUCAGCCCUCAGUACGUCAGCCGCUCUUAACUGCUUUUGCCCGCCUUCUCUUCCUGCUUCCUUUGCAAACCACUUCCCCACCCACUUGUUAUAUGUCCUGUCACUGACGCUGCUCUGUCCUGCACUCCCAGGAGCCUUUGCUGCGGCUCUCCCUGCCUCGGCCUCUCAUGUAUGCACAUGAAAACAUGUCCUUGAAAUCUUAAUAUUAGACGAUGUUUCAGUUCAGAUCAGAUAUUUGAAAGCUCUUUAGAUAAGGAGGGUCGGCUGAAACAGACCCCGUCUGACAGUCUUCCAUAUGGGCCUCUCGCUGCUUGUUUGCCCCUGAGGGAAAAACAAAAGAGCGCAUUGUGGAGGAAGUAGAUCUGCAGCCAACAGUGAGUUCAGAGCGUAGAUAAUGACUCCUAAAUGAGACAGAGAGGAGUCCCUCUGUCAGCCAGCUGACCUGCCAGACUCUCGAGUCCCCGACCAGCAGGAGACUGAAGAGGUUGAAAUGAGUGUUUAAGAUUAGAUUUUAAAUUAGAACAAAAACUGUGAACUUUAAUAAGCCUUUUAUAUCAUCCUGAGGAGUUGGUGUGUAAAUUUGGGGAGUAGCUUUUAAAAGAGUGUGGGUUCAGUCUAAAUUCUUACAGCUUGAUAUUUUUAUUGAAUAUACUGAUGUAUAUAUUAACACCCUGAUGAAUUUAGCGCCACCUAGUGGAGAGUGGUCCCUGUUGUUAAUAUGUUUACUACUAAAAAAUAGACAUUACAUCAUCUGCAAAGGUCCCUUCAUUCUUCUAUUUAAGCAUUUUAAAUCGGGGUGGGAGAAAAAAACGAUGCAGCUUAGUAUCGCGAUAUUUUGUCCGGUGAUUUAUCGUCUCAUUUACCAAGUAUCGAUUUUUUCAAAUUAACUGCUAAUAUGAAGUCAAAUCUCUGAUAAUGGAAAAAUAAAAUCAACAGUUUGUCCAGUGAGGUCGGCAGAGUAAACAUCAUAGAGCAGGAGAAAGUUAGUACAACUAAUAUAUGUGAGGUGUGUGAGAUGUGCUCCAUGAAAAUAAAACACAAGACAAACAUAAAGGAAAGACAAAUGAGCUGAAUUAGCUAAACAGUUAAAAAAUCUUAUAAAUCCCAAUAUAUCGUAUCGCAAAAUGUUAAAAAUUACAAUAAUGUCGUAUCGUGGGGCUACUAUUGAUCCCCACCCCUAAUUUUAAACAGUUAUAAGAUCAUUAUUUUAUUUUUGGAAAUGGAAACAAAAUUUAAAGUAAUUUAAUAAAUCAGAGAAAAUUCGACACCUUCACAUGUUUAUCCAUUCAACCAGAGCAGCGCAGAAAAACCUGAUCAUUCAUUAGAGAGUCGGCCUAAUGCCGAUUUAUUUCGGGCCUCUCUCCAGUAGUAACCUCUGUAGCUGCUUUCUAAAUCCUUCAUUCUACAUGUGCAGCUGAUGUCCUGUCCUGUCAGAAUUAUAUGCUCACCAGCAAAUGGCAACAGAGUCUUAAAGCCUGAAUCCAAUUACUACUCUGCAAAGCCAGGAGCGUGUGCUCAGCUUUGCGGAGUGGGUUGAAUCAACAGGAGAGAAAGGUGGACUCUCGGAGAGUUUCAGGUCCCUGCUCUUCUUUGGAGGACGUUUUUUAUCGAAGUAGGUUUGGACAGAAACAUGCAGCUCCUGUUGAGAAGAGAAGUAGAAGAAGUCGUGGUCGUGGGACAGUGUUGAGCUCCCCUCAGAGCUGCCACAGUCCACUCGUCCUCCCCUGUUUGCAGGAGGAGUGGUACGGUCCAUGUUGCCUAGGUGAGUUGACACUGCUUACUGGGAUAGGCCAUAUCAGCAGAGCCCAUUGUUUUCAGGGGCUUUGGCUACUCUGAGUGGGCUCUCCUGUCUGCUUCUUCUUUUUUUACCUCUCUUUGGACAUGUUUGGUUUUUAGAAGAUAAAGAGCAGAUUUCCACUCUCAGGUAUUUUCUCUUCUUUACUCUCUGACCUCCACCUGUGUCUCUGUUUUACGGUAUUCCUGUGAUUUCAUGACCUCUGAUUCAGUCACUCCAGUUCCUGACAAAUGGGAUUAGAUCAGGAAGCCCCGACUGGGUUUUGAGAUAACGGUGAGUCGACUCUGUCUGGAUGACUCAAAACAAACCACCUGUAAAAUCUGUAAACCUGCAGAAUCGAUCGAAGGGACGAGGAGAUGUGUUUGAGGUUUUUAUUCAAAGAGUCGUCUCUGCAUGUGUCUGAACUGACUCCCCUGUGUGAAUUUAUUUGGCAAACUGAGCUGCUAAAUCACUUUAAAGUGCUGUUGUCUUUCUUUCACAGUUUCUUUUUUAACAGAAAAGAGACAGAAAUGUCAGAGUCAAUAACCUGUUUAGUUUCCAGCUUUGGCCUAAAAACGAAGAAUAAAAUAAUUUGACAUCACAUCAGUUUAGUUAUGUUUAAGUGAUAUUUGUGUGUGCUAGGUUUGUUUUCAUGCAGACGUACAUAGAAGGCAGAUAGGUCGACCUGUUAGAGCCCAAAUUUUGGAAUAAAACCAGAAAUGUAAUAACGGGUCAAUUAUGUAAUGAGAUGCCGAGCCCAAAACAACAUAGGCUCACACUUCUGCUACAUUAUUGACCAGUUUUUACUUUAUUACCUUUUUCUAUAAGAUUUCAGGUCAUUGUUUGAUAUCGGGCUCUAACGAGGACUGUUUCGUCAUUAACAGACGAGUAGAUGAGCGAUAAGUAACGUUUAAUCGUGGUCAAAAUGAAAAAGUGCUCUAAGAGUGUGAAUACUAUUUGAUAUUUUGAGGUGAUAAGUUGUUGCCCCAACAUAAAAAUCAGCUGAAAUAUCUGUUUUUUUUUACAGUGAUUAAAUCAUAAUUGUUGAUGUUUGCAGCCCUAGGUUUCUCAGUUAUAGACGUUUACUCAAAAAGCAGCAAAGACUAAAACCAGGAUGUUCAUUCUCAUGUUUUCAGCCUCUCACUCAGAGUUUGUGCUCUCCUCUCAGCGGCCUUUUAUUUCCCUCUCAUUUUAUUGUGAUGUUGCCGAGCGGGCCGUGACACGCCAAUAAGCCCAGCUGUGAUGACACUGGCACUUUCUAUUGUCUCGGCCUGUUUAGAGCUCACCGGGGCAAAAAGCCGGCUGCUGGGGAAUCGGCAAGGUGUGCGGACAAUGAGCGCCGUCACAGUGAGAGGUGUUGUUGAGAGCUGAAUGUGUCAGAGACGUUGUUUUUGUGUAAAUAAUCAGACAAGCGUUUCUGUUUUUGUCUGAUCCAGUGAAAACUUGACUCAUUAAUACACUCAGUCUAAAAGAUCAAUAAUCAAUAGAAAUGAUUGACUCUUAUUCGUCAGCCGGACCACAGACUAAAACACCCAGACUUCAGCACAUGGAUAACAUACAUUUAUUUACUCCACACAGAAGGUGCCGUGUCCACCCUCAGCGUCUCCUAGCGCCGUCACUCCCUGUUGCUAGGUUACAAAAGUUGUGACCUCUAUGCCAGGUUUGACAUGUUCCUCAUACUCGCUGCCAUUUAACGGCAUUUUGAAUAAAAAAUAUAAAAACCAAGUGACAGGAAAUUUAAUCUUAGAAAGACGACAUGAGCGUCUCCUUCGUACAGACCACUCCCACUGUUGUUGACCAAGUUCAUGUCGAAGGUCCUGUACCUUCAAUAAGUUACAGUAGCUGCGUUUACAUGGGCACAAAUAAUCGGAAUAAAUGCCCGAUCGGAAUAAAAAAGCGUCAUGUAAACAUAUCGAUCGGAAGACUCUGAUCCAAUUCGGCUCAAUCGGAAAGAAUUUGUAUUUCAGUCGAGAGGGGUGGUUUAUGCCGAUCGUUAUUCCGAAAUGCGUCCACGUCAACACCUAUUCCGAUCGUGACUCUCUCACCUGACUUUGGCUUUAACACUAUUUAACACUCUGACUGCAGGUGCCGUGUCUGCUCCUCCAAUAACGUAACAAGACGUACAAACAGCGUAAUGAUGUCACAUCUGUACACACAGAGCAACCUUUGACAGAACAGUGAAAUAAGUACGCAAGGGCGCCAUCUAGUGACAACAUUUAACAGGGGAAAACUCCUGAAUCAGAUGGAGUGAGCCACUACCGAGUUUGCUGGUUUGUUGACAGCACAGGUGUAAAUCAAACUAUUCUUCUUCUUCUUCUUCUGUGGUUGUUUUAGCGAAAUCAGACGACUCUGCGCAUGUCCAAAUGCUUCUGAUCGGAAUAAAUCUUGUUGCAUUUAUACACACGUCAUGAUCGGAUUAUUUGAUUUUGGACCCAUUUAAACAAUAGAUUCAGAUUACCUGAUCCCUCAAAUUUUUAAUCGGAUAAGAAAUUUUGGUUACUGAAUCUCUUUCCUUAAUCACAUUAAUCUGAUCAUCAUUUCAUGCAUUUAAACGCACUGUAGUCAUGUGGUUUUGGAAGAAAUGCACUUUUAUAGCAUGUUUCUUCCAAAAAUGACGUUAAACUCAAACUUUGUGUUCUUUUCAACGUGCUGGUCAGAGGUAUACCAUCAGCUCUGUGUGCAGAACAUGCCACACUGUACCCUCAUUUGUCCUCUUAUCAUCCAUGAGCAGAAAAUGACAACAACACACAUCUGCUUUUGGUCUGAACUCUGUUGGGGACGGAGUUUCAGUCUGAGAUUUGUGUUCCUGCUGCUGCCCAUAUGCAGAUGUAAUACUGCGGGAGAAAUCAGAUUAUACUGUAAACAUGCUCGUAAACCAAUAGAGGCCUUUAACUGAUGAAGAAUAUCGGAUUAUGCUGUUUACAUGACUACUUGAGUAAUCAGGUAACUCCAGAAAUCAGAUAAUGAUCACACGUCUCAGAGUGUGCAUGUAAACACACACGAGGGCGGUGACGUUACAGACGCAAAAAUCAGCUGAUGAUUACAAACGACCACAGAAAACAUCGUCAGUGGACACAGGCCCUCAUUCUGAAUCAUCACAUCACUAGUUGCACAUUCAGUCUGUCUGAAAUCUUUCUGUCUUUGUCCUUAUUCUUCAUUAUCAUGUGAGAAAAACACAAACCAGGCACAACUUGCAGCUUCUCCUCCCCGGCGGAGGAGUUUUUGGCGUGGAGGAGUUUCCUGACGUGAGCUGGUAUCUCUCAAAACAGACUCGAACAUUCCUGUCCGCGCUGUUUUCUGACAAGGACAAAGAAGCAGAUCUGAAACAGAAGAACAGGGCUGUGAAAUAAGGAGUCGUGGUGUGUUGUAGAUCAGAUUGGCCAGUCGAGCACCUCUUCAUAUGAUAACUGAGUCGGAAAAAUCACCAAAAUACCUUCUGCAAACAGCCAACAAACAACAAAAUGAUGUUAAUAAGAUUGAAAUAUAAAAAAGUUUCAGGAUAAACAUCCAAACUGUGUCCAGACUGAAAUGAAGGACAGAUAAUCAUAGUUUUCUCUCCUGAGGUGAUGACUCAAAAAAGAAAGACUCAGCUACAAAUAAAAGUGCUUUAAAACGACGUUUUUUAACUUUCGACUCUCUACCAUGAAGCAAACUGUGAGCUGUUGUGGUUAAUUGUUUCCCAGCAGCCCCAGCGGCGCUGCAGGUCCAGCCACUUACAGCCCAAACACAAGAUUACAGCAAAGACGCUGAGCAGGACAAUAACUCCUCCCUCUAGUCUCAAAUCCCCCUUUAUAAUCCCCACGGAAAUCUCCUCCACGGCACAAGGUGGAGUGUGUGUGUCUGUGUGUGUGUGUGUGUGUUCAUACUUGGAGGUGGAGGAGGGGGACACAGACCUUCAGUCAUGGACUUUCCAGAUUCCUCACGGCUCUCUGAGAGUCCUGAUGUCAAAGUUCUCCUCUGUAUCCUGAUGUGUUGUUGAAGGAAUCAGCUGGGAGGUGCAGGUUCGUCUUUCUGAGCCCAGAGAACCGUCCGAGGUGGUCGUAGGUAAGUUAGGAGGUCUGAUUGUUUUGUCGUGGAGUAGACAGAGAUGGUUUGAUAGGAUGCGAACACUGACUCAGAUUUGUAGACUUCAUCUUUGGUGAUUUGGUACAAGCUUUUUUUUUUCUCUGUACCUGUUUGUCUCCUGCUCUUAUUCAGCUUUAUCCACUUUUCCUGAUCACACCACAAAGUCGCUGCCAAUUGGGUCAGCCGUGUUUUGGUUUCAUGUUUGGCUCGUCUCUUGAAUGAACUCGGCCUCAGCUCGGCUUGUAUAUCCUGGGAGAGAACGGCGGCGACCCCUCCCUUUAGAAUAUCUGUGACAGACCAGCUGUAUCCCCCGAACAAUAGACCUUCAGCGCUUUAGAAAAAGUGACAUUUGCAUUUUCAUUGUGUGGGAGUUUGUUUGGAGGCAACACGACUCUCAGCGUGUUUCACGCUGAGAAGAAGGAGGGACUUUGAAACGAUAGAGCUUCUUCAAAAGUCACACAUGCUGUUCCUUAAACUCGUAUCUGAAGCAGGAUAGAAAUCUGGUCCUGGUGAAGACUCUGCCCCCUUUUAUCAUUUCACUAAUCCUUGAAGAGAAUGCAGAGUUUCAGUCAUGGGAACUGUACAGACUAGAUCACCACACCGCUGAGAUCUUCUGUUGGGGUGUGAUCUUGAUAUCUCGCUUGAAGCUUUAAAAUAAAACACGAAGGAGAGGGAGGUUUUUGGUCUGGGGGAAACCUGUGGAUAUGUCUCACUUUGGCUAAGCUCUCUGUGGGCCAGAUGGCUGUGACAGGCUCGUCCCAUCUCCUGUUGAGAGAGUAAGAGAGGGGACCGCAGAGAAGCUCUGUGACACGUCUGAAAACAGGAAAACCCUUAUUUUCAGAGCCGUUUAUUUGAUAUCCUGUCAUCUUCUGUCCUUCUCUCUUUCCCUUUCUUCUUCCUUCCUUCCUUCCUUCACUCGCCGCUGAUCAGGACUAAAAUGGUCGAUGUUGUAUCACCACGCACAAUGCCAUCUGAAACCGAGGUUCAUGUAGCGAGGAGCUUUCUCACCAAGAUUUUGCGGAGCUCUAUGAGGUACCGACAGCCAGUCGUGUCAGGUUGUUGUGAUUCAGUUUCCCCUACCGUGCUGUGGUUCUUGUCGUAGUUUGUCCCGUCUAGGACCCUUAAUCGUCAAAUUCAGGUAUCCUUUAGUUGUAGGUUGUAAGCGCUCAGCCUUCUUAUCUUCUCCUGUUUUUUUUUUUAACCCCUUUUUAUUCCAUGAAAAUUAAGGUGCGUGACCUUCUUGACAUAUUUUUGUCUUUUCCAACAUGCUCUCCAGGAAAAACCGCCUCAAAGGGUAUGUGCAGGUUUUGUGAGUGAAGUGACGAGUACGUUUGAGUUUGAGACACAAAGCUAAAAACAUGACUGCAACUCAAACGCGGUUCACAUUUCUUUUGACUGAACACAGACAUACGAAGCCUUAUUACCUUUUAUUUAACCAAGCUGCAGAUAUAGAUGUUUUUAUUGCACUAUCCUUGCACUGUUUGUUGCUAAAGUAGAAAUAUGCAAAGGAUUCAAGAGCAGCUUAUCCCUGAGUAAGCUCUGCAAACUCUUGCAGAAAACUUGACGGGGCUGCCAAAACACAUGACGAAGCUUUAAACUGCUGCACUCUGCAGAAAUCUGUCUCUCCUCCUAAAAGAAGCUGUGAUGUUGUUGUCGAAAACUCCCCUGUUGUUGUUGUUGUUGUUGUUGUUGUGUGAAGCGUAUUGUUGCCUCGCUGCCUUUUAGGAAGAAUGAUCCAGGCUCGCGGCCCCACUCUUGGCACUCCUCCAAGCUGACAGAAGAGGAGUCAGAGCCGGCCAGGAAAGAGGCCGCCCCAGCAGCAGUGUGGCAGUCCAAACAUGAAGCAAGGUGCGCUUCGUUUUUAGCUCCCCUGUGAGCCGAACAGGGCAGGAAAAGAUCAGGUGUUGUCAUAAUUAUCGUCACAUUUUCAGUUUUAUUCUUUCCUUCAUUUGACUUUAGGCCUGAAGAUUCAGCUGCUCAAGGAGAUCAGGACAAACAGCAGCAGCAGCCGUUCAGUUCAGUGAACCACAUGGAGAAACUGGAGCGUCCCUCGAACCCGUACCCACCAGGCCGCCUUUCACCAAACAAAUACAACACCAGUGCUGAGCUGGGAGGAGCGAAAAGAGACUCUGGGUUGAGCUGCUUCUCCAGCGGCUCCAGCCCUCCUUUCCCCGACCCCGCCUCGUUCAGCCGUAAAGGAACCAGCGCUGAGAACAUCUUCUUCAAAGGUUUUCAGAGCGAAGGGUCCCAGCAGGCCGAGCGGCCCAGGUACCUUCAGCCAACGCUGGGUAACGGAGGCUGGGAGGGGUCGCGGCCUGAGGAGCAGCCCGCCUCCCGGGUGUCGGUUUCAGGGAGACCGAGCUUCGUCCCCGUGUGGCAGGUACCAGAGAAGAAGAAGUCCCAGUCUCCUCCUCCGCCUCCUCCUCCUCUACGCAGCGACAGUUUUGCUGCGACGAAGGUGUUUCCUUACUCCGAAGGUCUGAGCGCUCCGACGAAGGCCCACGGCAGGUCGUUUGAAAAACUGACGGAGAAUCACGCCCAGAGCGGCGCCCUCAGGUUCCACCAGGAGAAGACUUCAGAGUCCAGACGCAGCUUCAACCCUUUACCUACAAAAGACCUCCUCCACCCGAGUAAGGCAGCUGACCACAACCACAACCAGCUCCACCCCAACAAGCUCUUCUCUCUGUCCAGCACCGACAUCAGACAGUUUAACUACACCAGCCUACCUGCCCACCAGAGGCAGUACAGCGACGAAAGUCCGCUCUACCUGCAGACCAGGUCCGCUCCUCCGACAAAGAUCCAGAGUGUAGGAAGCUACUACCGCAGCCUCCAGGACCUGCCCACCAACGCCUUCAGUCGCAGACACGUUCGCCACUCCACCGCGUCGAGUUCCGCCGGCAACCAGAACGCGGAGAACGGAGGACACAAGAGGAACUACAGUCUGACGAGUAAGAUCUCAGCGCAGAGGGGCAAAGCGGAGGCCGAGAAACUCUACUGGACCAGUAGUAAGGCCAAGUACUCUCUACCUCAGUCCCAGACGCCUUACAAGGACACUAAGGAGCGCACUGACCAUUCCCACCCAGGAAACAGUCUCCAGUUUGACCCCCAGUCCUCCGAACUGUCGGUUCAAGGUCGCAGCCUUGAAGACGCUGCAAAGACGGUGGAGGGACACUCUAACACCCUGAGCAGAAAUGUCCCAGUACCUCAGAGUAACGAUCCUAAAGUGAGUCUCAGUCUGAGGCACCAAGACCCAUGGGUUCCUCAGGAAGACCACCGAAUAUCUCCCCUGAAAACCCCCCUGCUCCACUCUCUGGCCCAGGAGAGUAGGACUCUGACUGAAAGCAAAACCACGACCCAAGGUAACGUGUCCGACCAGGAAACCAGCGACGCCAUGGCCAUCAGCAACGGAAAAACCAGCCGCCGCAGUGACCGUUACGCUACCACGCUCCGAAACGAGAUCCAGCAGAAGCGAGCGCAGCUGCAAAAGAGCCGCAGCGCCGCGACUUUGACCUGCGACGCAGAGGAGGAGGAGACGGAGGAGUGGAAGUCCACAGAAACAUCUACGUCUUCAGGUGUCUCCUUCACCAAUACGUACAAAGACCACCUCAAAGAGGCUCAGGCCAGAGUCCUUCAGGCCACCUCUUUCCAGAGACGAGACCUCGAGCCUCUCGGACCCGAGGCCCCCGUGGUUAAAGUCCUUAAUGGACGCAUAAGAGGACGCAAACGCUUCCACAUGGCCAAGAGGACGCACUCCUUCUCAGAACCGGACAAGAUCGACAAACUCGGAGUGGAGGGAGAACCUCAAACGGGGUCUUUUGGAGAGACAAGAAAGUUCUUGGAUGUCAGACCGGCAUUUUCCAGACCGGUGCUGAAGUCCGGCCCCGCUGCAAACCUGAACGCAGACCUCGAAGAGACCGGCACGCUCAAAGAGAAGGUUCAGCCAGCUCCAGACCCUGUUCCCCUCAGCCCCGGACAGACACAGGUCCUCAUAGAUCAGCAGAGGCUCGGGACCUUCGCCGAGUACCAGGCCUCGUGGAACAAACAGAAGAAACCAUCAGAGUCCAAGACCCAAGGAAGGUACCACUCAGCGGAGAACAUCCUGGACUCAGACGUCGGGGAGAAGGCUUUGUGCAUCCAUGAGAGGUCUCGAUCUUCUCCAUCAGCCGACUUCUACUCACAGGUGAGAGGAUCUGAGUACCUGGAGUCGAACUGUGUGUAGAAAUAAAGCAGUAGAUGUCCCUCUGAGUGCAUUCAGGUGACGAAACAACAAUAAGAUUAGAGAGAGUUCAACAAAACCUUCUCCUGGAGUUAAUUCAUGUUUCAUUUCUGCAGAAUAAUCCUUCGUCAUGGAGAGACGCUCAGAGCCAGCAGAGCAGUUACACCACCGGGUGAGUUAGACGUUCGUUAUUUUUUCACAAAAGACAGGGAAGAAAAAACGAAAUUCCUAGAACCUACAAACUUGAAAAGGAGCAGAAGUGAGGAGUGUUUGCUCAGUCAAGAAAGGUCAAAUAGUUGACCUUUCCGAGGUGUCUGUCAGAACACCUCCUGCUCAUUCUGACGUGGGUUUUUCUUGUGAAGUGUAAAUGUGGAAUGUUUUUGAUCGGUGAGAGAUUUCAGGGCAGAGAGGAAGCACCUCCCUGAGCUGAAAGGAUGAUAUCGUCCUCUGUCACACUUACCAAAGACGAUCAGGGAAGAGAGAAAAAUCAUUACAGGAGGGAGAUUUUCUUCAUUUCCAUUUUGAGAUUAAAGUCGAGAUUUUAAAAAGUUACGACUUUAUUCAUGAAAUUUCCUCUUUCAUGACAUAAUUUCGCGUUUUUUAUCUCGAAAUUUCGACUUAAAUCUCGUUCCUGUAGUUUUUUCUCUUCAUGUGGUCCUAAUCCUCUUCCGUACAUACUAGAUCUCUCACACCAUAGUCUGUCCGGUCACUCAGGAGUUACAGAGAGUUACAACUCUUACCCCAAAUUUCCACCUGAUCAGUUUGUGAGCGGAAUUUCGUGGCUGAUUACGGACAGCGUGAAUCGCGAGAAUCACAAGAACCGGCAGAUUCAUGUGCAAUCACAUGAUAACGAGUUGUCUCUACAAAGACAGACACAUAGACAUAUAAGCAGUAGAUUGUGUCCUUCCAGAGGAGGAAAUCUACUUCUAGACUUCUAGAAUCAGCAUCUCCUCAUCCAUGGUGUCAUCGGGGUGAAAUGGUGCGAAAUACGAUCAGAGUGUUUUAUUUUGAAAAGAAGCCGGAUGUUUUAUUUUGUGUCUGUGCCCGACUUCCUUUCCAGCACGGGUUAAUCUGUGCUGAAUUCCACAGCUGAUUGGAAAGAAGCCGGUGGAAACUGACACGUUAACUUGAACGGUUACGAUAAGCUAUGAUCGGCGGAUACGGCUAGAAAUUGGGGGUUACAAGAGGUUAACUCACACUCCAAAUCCAGCGAGCAGAUCGAUGUCGCUGUGCUCGGGUUAAAGGUUAAAAACUCUCUCAGUCUGCAGAAGCUCAGACAGAAGCUGCGGUUCAACAAACCAAAAAACUGCGUCUGACUCAUGCUGCUGUGACAGAGUUUGAGUCGACGCCAGAUCUCUACAACUUUCUUUACUUCAUUGAAGCUGAAAUAGAUGUAGAAACAUAGAUGUUCUCUUCAGGUCCUGAUAAUUUUCCUCUUCAUUUUGACCUUAAGGGGAACGACAGAGAGCAGGACGCGAUACCAGCCGGACCACAAUCCACAGCCUGCCCCGCCAGUCCCCUGGAACGAGGGCCCUGUCCCGGGUCUGACUGACCACAGGACCAAACCAGACACUGCCAAUCCCUCCCACACCACACACCCCACAGGCCCUUGCAGCCUUAACCCCAACCCAGGCUCCGAGCCUCCACAAACCAAGAGCCUCCUGCCGCCGCCCAGGCUCCAUUUAGGCCCAGAAACCACAUCCUCCUCCCAGGAAUUCCUCACUGGCGCCCAGGCGGACCUGACAGCGCUCCAGCCUCUGUCCACCUCGAGCUCGGACACCCAACAACACGCCGCUGCCCAGAACUCUUCCACCGGCCCCGCCCAAGCUUGUUCCCCGCAGCCCAUCAGAACACAGAGAGGAGGCGUAGACAACAAGGAGGAAGAGAAAGAAGAGCAGCAGCCCUCCUCCAUAUCAGGGUCGUCCUCCUGGACUCCUCUGGCUCUCCCAGCAGAUGGAGCGCGGUCUCCCUCGCCACAGUUUGCACCGCUGAGGCUCACCGACAAACCGCCGGCGGUGUUUGUGCAGGAGGACUCACCGCUCAGGUAAGCGGCUUAGACAAAGUGCUUCAGGUCUCCUCGGCGACCCUUGUUAUGUAAGCUUUUUUUUUCUUCUUCGGAUAACCGCCGAAGGUAAACGAGUUCAAGAUGGAGGGAGAGAGGUGAUCCGAUUUUAGAGACGCUCUGAAAUCCUCGUAAAAACAUGUUUCCUCAUUUUCAGGUCAGACGAUGAUGUGAAGCGCCGAGCUGAGAUGGACAUUAACAGUCCAGUCAGGAAAGUCCCGGUCAGGAUCAUCCACACUGAGGGCAACACGGGCCAAGAGGGCAGAGCCUACCUGCCCCAGACCACAGAGACCUGCAGCGUUCUAGAUCUGCUGCCCCACAUUCCCUCCCUCAGCAUCACUGAGCGCCCGGCGUCAUCCCUGUUCAGCGCCUACAGCCGGCAGACCGCCCAAGACCCGGCUCAGGCUAAAGUCCAGGAGUCCAUCUCUGAGCUGAGCUGCGUGGGGUCCGGGCCUUCAGAGGAGGACGCCAAGAGAGAAGAGCUGGCCAGAGACAUCAUGGGCAAAGACAAGUCCCUGGUGGACAUCUUGGACCAAAGCGGCAGGAUGACCACGAUGGACCUGAUGGAAGGACUCUUCCCCACAGAUGAGCAGAUCUUGGAGGGGGCUCACCUACGCAGGAGGGCCUCUGCAGGUUCCAGGCUUCCCACCUUAUCCCCCAGGAGCAUGGAGAGGUGGGCAAUAAGAGUCGAGGUCUUUAAAGUCAAAUUAACGUCAGGGGGUCUGCUCCCCUCAUAAGGGGGUGAGAAGAGAUGAAAAUCUGAGGUGACAGAGAAGGUUGGACUUUGUGUUUUCUUCCCCAUCCGUCCAACCUUCACUCAGCCUGCCCCCUGGUGGACAGACGCCCUAUUACAGCUGUCUCAUCCCCUCAGAAAUGAGUCACAUUGUGGACCAUGUUUCUUUUUUGAGUUAAUUUUAGUUCUUUCUGUUAUUUUUGUUGAAUCCAGCGGUUAGUUUGUGUCUCCACCGUCGCUCAGCUGCGUUUGUUUUAUCUCCUCUUUGUAUGUCAGAAGAGAGGAGGAGGACCUGUCCGUGUCAGCAACAGCCUCCCUGGUCCCCAGCUCCUCCUACUAUAACACAUCUGCUCCCAAAGCUGAGCUCCUCAUCAAGAUGAAGGACAUGCAGGAGCAGCUGGAGGAUCAGGACUCUGAAGACGAGCUGGACGUCGACCUCGCCAGUAAAAAAGUAAAAGUCACUCAGAGACAGAAAAAGCCUGUUCAUCCUGAGACUGUGAUUCUUGGUUCAUUCUGACCUCCGUCUGUUUCUCCGUAACUCCACAGCAAGAGCUGAUCUCCAGCCUGGCGGGGAAGCUGGAGGUGCUGCGGGAGGCGCGGCACAGUCUCCAGGAGGACGUGGAGGACAACGAGACUCUGGGCCGCGAGGUGGAGGCCACCGUGCAGCGGCUCUGUCAGCCCAACCAGCUCGACAAGUUCCGGAUGUUCGUCGGUGAUCUGGACAAGGUGGUGAGCCUGCUGCUGUCGCUGUCAGGGCGCCUCGCCAGGGUGGAGAACGCCCUCAACAGCCUGGAGGACGAAGCUCCACCAGAGGAGAAGGUAAUGAUCGGGGGUGUUCGAUUAUUGGUGCCACGAUUCUUCGAUUAUUUUCCUUUUUUAUCCAUUUUUACAUAAAAGAUUGAUUUUGUCUUCAUCUGUAAAUAAAUAAUCGAUCGAUCAGUCAAUCAGUUCCUCUAAAACUAAACUCAAUAAGUAAAUAAGAAGGUUUGUUGAACAUUUGACGUGUUUUUUUCAAAGAUAAAAAAUAUUUUAUUGUACGGCUGCUUUGUAAACAUUUACACUUUGACCGACUUAAACGAGGAAGUUUGGAGACAUUCUCCAGGACGGUCUUCUGUGUUAUGGACACGAUGAAAGCGUGAAAGGUGCUGCCUCACGUUUGUGGCGUUGCUGAGGUUCUUUAUUUUAAAUCUUGUAGGUCAGUCGUCUUGUUUGCUCUCUCGUUAAAUCCAAAGUACUUCCACACGGUUACAGUCAACCCCGGUGACGAGAGAAUCAGACGCUCUUUCGAGGCUCACUAAACAGUCCGGCGCGCUUUGAGGUUCUGGUUACUUGUUUCUUUUGUUUGGCAAAGCCUCAACGUUAUUAUUAUUAAUAUUUCUUUUAAGCAUCAGCAUUAAUGAAUCGAUGCUGAAUCGUCGCGUGAAGCAUCGCGAUGCAUCGACACAUCGAUGAAUUGCACGCACCUCAAAUAACGAUCUGAUUAUCUAAGACUACGGGAAUAAAACAAAGUUUUUUUUCUUCUGCUAAAUAAUUUCUAACGUGCGUCUCUUAUCAGCGAACUCUGACAGAGAAGCGAAAGCUGCUGAUGCGGCAGCAUGAGGACGCCAAGGAGCUGAAGGAGAACCUGGACCGACGGGAGCGGCUCGUUUCAAGUAUCAUGGAGGACCACCUCGACGCAGAGAGCCUGGACGACUACCGACACUUUGUGAAGAUGAAAUCGGCUCUCAUCAUCGAGCAGCGAAAACUGGAGGACAAGAUCAAACUGGGCGAGGAGCAGCUGAAGUGCCUGGUGGACAGUCUGCCGCUGGAGCAGAGACCCCCGCUCUGA